GAUUUUUGCAGCUUAGCAAACACAGGAACAGUGAGGUGAGUGUUGGGGGGAACAAAUGUAAAUAAACUCCGACGUUCAACACAGACUUUUUGUUAAGGGGUUAGAUCAUGUUUGUUUAACGAUCACAAAAACGGUUAAAGAUGACAUCUUGGAGUGAUCGCCUUCAGAACUACUCAGAACUUCCUGCCAACAUGGACGGCAUGUCUAUGAAGAAGUACAGACGAGAGGCUUAUCACAGCUUACCACGGGAACUGGCCCAAUGUCAUCCUGCUAUGAGAGUUUUUGUCAACAGAAGUUUGGCAAUGGAGAAGAUUAAAUGCUUUGGCUUUGAUAUGGAUUACACUCUAGCAGUGUACAAGUCUCCAGAGUAUGAAUCCCUUGGAUUUGACCUGACAGUGGAGAGGUUGGUUUCCAUUGGUUAUCCACAAGAACUUCUCAAUUUUGUCUAUGACCCGACCUUCCCAACCAGAGGCCUGGUAUUUGAUACAUUAUAUGGUAAUCUGUUGAAAGUAGAUACCUAUGGCAACAUUUUGGUAUGUGCCCAUGGGUUUAACUUCAUGCGGCCAGAGAUUAGGGAAUUAUAUCCAAAUAAGUUCAUCCAGCGUGGUGAUACAGAGCGAUUCUACAUCCUUAAUACGCUGUUUAACCUCCCUGAGACCUACCUUUUUGCCUGCUUGGUUGAUUUCUUCACCAGCUGCCCCAGAUAUACUAGCUGUGAGACUGGUUUUAAGGAUGGCGAUCUCUUCAUGUCCUUCAAGAGUAUGUUCCAAGAUGUGCGAGAUGCAGUUGACUGGGUUCAUUUCAAGGGUUCCCUGAAAGAGAAGACUGUUGAAAACUUUGAGAAAUAUGUGGUGAAAGAUGCCAAGUUACCCUUGCUUCUUAGUCGCAUGAAGGAAGUUGCCAAAGUCUUCCUGGCCACUAACAGUGACUACAAGUAUACUGAUAAAAUUAUGACCUACCUGUUUGACUUCCCUCAUGGUCCAAAAGCUGGCACACUUCAUCGGCCUUGGCAAUCCUACUUUGACCUCAUUCUGGUUGAUGCCAGGAAGCCUAUGUUUUUUGGAGAGGGAACAGUCCUGAGACAAGUAGAUACAACCACCGGGAGACUUAAGAUUGGGACUUACACAGGACCACUGCAGCAUGGCAUUGUGUACUCUGGUGGAUCCUCAGACAUUGUGUGCGAUCUAUUGGGGGCUAAAGGAAAAGACAUCCUGUACAUUGGUGACCACAUUUUUGGUGACAUUCUCAAGUCUAAGAAGCGUCAGGGUUGGAGAACGUUCCUUGUGAUUCCUGAGUUGGCUCAAGAGCUACAUGUCUGGACUGACAAGAGUCCACUUUUUGAGGAACUGCAGAGUUUGGAUAUUUUCCUGGCAGAACUUUACAAGCAUUUGGACAGCAGCAGUAACGAGAGACCCGACAUUAGUUCACUUCAGAGGAGGAUUAAGAAAGUAACCCAUGAUAUGGAUAUGUGCUACGGGAUGAUGGGAAGUCUAUUUCGUAGUGGCUCUCGGCAGACCCUGUUUGCUUCUCAGGUGAUGCGAUAUGCUGAUCUGUAUGCUGCCUCCUUCAUUAACCUACUCUACUACCCCUUCAGCUACCUGUUCCGAGCUGCACAUGUGCUGAUGCCACACGAGUCCACUGUAGAGCACACUCACGUGGAUACCAAUGACACCGAAUCUCCCAUGGCAACACGCAACCGCCACUCUGUGGACUACAGAGACCACGAGUGUAAGAAGCACCAGCUGACCCGCUCCAUCAGCGAGAUUCAGCCUCCUCACUUGUUCCCAGAGACACCGCAAGAGAUCACACACUGCCACGAUGAAGACGACGAUGAGGAAGAGGAAGAAGAGUAAUAUUGUUCCAGUUAUAAAUGUAACAAGAAGUGAGUGUUGGUCUUUUGGGACGUACACAUUUCCAAGAAAUCAGAUGAUUUUCAUGAAUUUGUAGUUCAUAGAAGAUCUUUAUACUUGGAUAAGUUUGUUGUUUUUUCCAGUUGUGCGUCCUAAAUCAUAUAUAUUUUUAAGAGAAAAUUUGAGUUGUGUAUAAAAGCUAAAAGCUUUGAGGGUGCCUUUUGUUGUUCAGGCAAUCUUGAUGAGUGACCCACAGUGUGCCCAUCAGAGACCGGCUUCCUCUCUCAAGGCAGAGAAGGAAGCAUCAGCUUUCUUUCUUAAAUCAGUGAAAACAUUCAGUUCUUUUUGUAAUCUCAUACAAUGACUGACUUUGCAUGAUAUUAAGGGAACUAUUGCAGUAUUUGCAUUACAGGACUUGCAUUUUAAGCAUUACGUAUUAGGUGGCAGGUUCCAUUCAAAAUGAACCCACACUGUGUGGUGGGAUCUGUACUCAUCUCACAUAGACAACUAAAGCCUACUGGAACACAUGUUUAGCAGAGACAACACGCAUAACGUUUUCCCCAGAAACUGUGUGCUCACAGAGUGUUAAAACAGUAUAUUGAAUAGGUGAACUGUUAAAACCUAGCGUUUAGUUCACUUUUAAAAGUGUGUUGGAAAACUACUGAAGUAUAAUUAUAUCUUCAGAUUGAGAGCACAAAGACUCUCAGACUGUACUAUGCACCUGUUUUGUCUUGACUGCAGCCAAAGGGUUUGAAUUAAUCGCCAAGUGCACAAGGAGGGCCACCAUAAGUGAGGAUAUCUGUGAGCUUUAAUGCUUCAGCUGCUGUAAUGUAGUAUGUAAACUAGUGAGGGAAUGAGAAUCUGGGCCACUGUGAUUUUUUAUUUUUUUUCCCUCCUUCUUUCACGUGUAUUGUGGUCUAGCUAUACACAGUACUAAAAUGACUUGUCCUGGUAUGUAGACCUGGAUCAGCUAUUUUUAUUACAGAUUUAGAGAUUAUUUUUUUGCAAAAAUUGAUGGAUUCCUAUUCAUUUAUUUCUGUCAUGAAACUGUUUUCUUGUCCACUGUUGUAGUAAGAGUAAAAGAAAGGAAUUUUUUAAAAAUUAGCUAUAAUUAUUUGCUUGCUAAUGAUGGAAAAAUUGGUCAGAUAGAAUUUGACUAAUAAGCGUGCUUCAGGAAAGCAUAUUUGUUUUUGAUUAAUUCAUAGACAUGGUUUCUUGGCCCAUGUCCUGCUUUGACCUGAGCUCAGACCACAUGGAGUACUGCCUUUUGGAUAUAUGUAGACAUUAAUUAAACCCUGUACUAAAAUCAGCUCAUUUAUAGCAUAUCAAUGUGUCAAAUAAUCAUUCUAGUUUUUUUUUUUUUUCAGAUUUGUUUAUUUUUAAAGCAAAAUAAGUAAUUGAAGGUUAUUACCUUGCUAUUAAAUGGUUAGUUUUAACAUGCUGCAAAAAUGUACUGUACAUGUCCCUGAAAUUCAAUGCAUGCUCUUUGAGUGCUUUUGGAUAAGAUCAAAAGUUUCAGAAUUUCUAAAAUAUGAAAUGGUUGAUCAUGAUUAAGAUGGUUUGUAUCAGUAAACUGUAACUAUGGCCUGCUUUCUUAAAUAGCUGUGUUCAGGACUCUCAGCUUAUAAAAAGAGAGAUUUUUGGUUAACCUUUUUUGACUUGUGUUAGUUAUAUCCCAGUUGCCUUUCGGCCAGUUUUUUUAAUCUGUCGUGUAGUUUAAUCAUGUUUUUAAUUAGAGGGCAUUGCUUAAUUAGCAUGUUAGUUAUUGCACAACACUUUUACAGUCAGGAAUGUUUUGAACUGUUUACUGUGCAAACAUUAAAACUGCCUUCAUUGGUGUUCCUAAACAUGUAACCACUGGAGCAUGACCUCAUUUUAACGUGCACAUUAGCCUCUUUUUCCAGACAGCAGCACCACCUCGACAAUGUCACGGAAACUGCUUUAUAUUAUGGGGUUUGUGACAGCCUGUUGAACGGCAUGUAAUGAGUGACGCACAUGUAAAGAAUUGUGCAGUCCAUGCUGCAUGCAGCCACGUCCUCAGUGACUCUGGGCCUUAUCCAGAUGCAAUCACAACCAGCUUGCAUAAAUAGUAGCUCGACUUUUCUAGUUGCUUGGAUUUCUCAAUGGCUUUGUGCUAAAUUACUUACCACAAACUGGGGAUGGAAAGAUGGUUACUGGAGUGCAGCUCCAGGUGUAUGUAAAUAACAGUUCUACUAUUUUGGUAAAUUAAAAGCAUUAACAAAGUGGUUUUGUUUAAAAGGCAGCACAGAGAUAAAAUAACGGUCACGUUGUUACCUGGAUUCAUGCCUUGGACAGAAACUUUUUUUUUUUUGUUUUGUUUUACACCUCUUUUCUGUUUCAAACAUUGAAGUUGUGUUUUUGCCUUGCAGAAUGCAACAAGUCUGUAAUUUUACUGUUUAAAUAAAGUGUUUUGUGAUCAAGCCUGUUGCAAUCGGUCACACACUGGAAACCCGGAAUCAUUCAGAAACAAACAAACAAUUUGGUUAAUUCAAGCUAGAAUAAUUUUAGAUGCAACUGAAUGAUAACCUGCCAAUAAUAAAGUAAUUGAUUUAUGUACUUUUAUAGCACAGAUACAAUGAAGUUAUUUCCAAAGCUGUUAAGACUUUUUCAGUGCGCUUUUGAUUCCUGAUAGAAUUGCAUAGCAAAUUAAACCCUCAAUUACAACUUUCUGAUGUAAAAUGUAUUACUAAAAUCCAAAUUCUACUCAGUAGAAUAUGCUUGAAUGAAUUUGCAUUGAAUAAAAGUCAUUGUUUUUUCAGUUUUGA